AUGGCAAACUCACUCCUCAAAAUGCGCAGCAUCAUCCAACGAACCGCCUCCUCCAAAACCCUCACUCUAACCAAUACACAUCUCCCAACCCCGAAUCAUGCACAGGGAGAGCAUCUAAUCCAAAUAAAAGCCUGCAGCCCUUGCACUGGGGAGCUCCUCUGGCCAGCAAAUUUUCCCCCGCUAACAGAGCGCACUCUAAUCCCAUGCCCGGACAUGGCGGGACUUGUUAUCUCAGCACCAGAAGAUUCGCCCUUCCAGCCAGGCGAUGAAGUGUACGCGCGCACAGACUAUGUCCGACCAGGAAAUGCGCGUGACUAUUCCAUCGCUGCUACAUAUGAACUAGCGCACAAGCCUAAGUGUCUAAGCUGGGUUCAGGCGGCUGCGGUUCCUGUCUCCGCAGAGACGGCUUGGCAGGUUCUUUUUGUUCAUGCUCUUGCUAAGGGAAAUGGGGAAGAGAUGGAUAUGGGGGCUGCUAAGGCUGCUUGGGCUGGCAAGAGAGUGCUGAUAACUGCAGCUUCUGGUGGUGUGGGUAUUUGGCUUGUGCAGUUGGCGACUUUGCUUGGUGCGGAGGUAAUUGCGACGUGUGGUUCUCAGAAUGUGGACUUUGUCAAAUCGCUUGGUGCAAAGGAAGUGCUUGAUUACCGGGUUGCAGAUUUGAAGGAGUGGGCUACGAAGUCGCCUUCUAAUAAGGUGGAUGUUGUUGUCGAUUGUGUUGGGGGGAAGGCUCUUGCGGAUGCGUGGUUCACUGUUAAGGAUGGGGGUGUUGUACUGAGUAUCUAUCAGCCACCUUCGCAGGUCCGUCCGGAGGAUUUUAAGGGUGAAAGUGUGAAAGACUUAUUCUUUGUUAUGCAGCCAGUGCGGAGCCAGUUGGAGGAGAUUUCGAAGUUGAUUGAGAAGGGGGUGUGUCGGGGAUUGGUGGAUAGUGUCUGGCCUCUUGAGCAGUACGAAGAGGCAUUCAAGAGACUGGAUGGAGGACAUGCGAAGGGGAAGAUUGUUUUUGACCUGUCACUGAAUCAGUAG